AUGUUGAGCCUCAGCUUCACGUCACUGCUUGUGUUGGGGGUCACCUUCGCGGCUGCCUUCCCGCAGGGUGCCCUGAAGAAGAGUUGCAGCCUGUCCAUGUACCAGUCCCUCGUGCCCCACGAGGUUCUGAAGGCUGUGCAGAAGAUGCAGGACCAGUUUGAGGACAUCAUGCGGCUGUCAGACCACAAGUGCAACACUAGACUCUUCCAUCGGAAAUGGAACACAGGCGACCUGUCGGUGCCUGACCGAGUGAUGCUGGUGGAAGCCGAGGUGAGCCUCACCAUUGCCAUGCUGGAGCUCCCUGCCAUCCCCAGCUUCGCCGAGACACGCCAGCAGCCCCUGGACUUCCUCAGCCAUGUCCGGGAGGAUCUGCGAUGCUGGAUGUCCACAGAGGCUCCUUUGCACCAGCCCUCUGGGAGACUGAGGCACUGGCUGCAGAAGCUGCAGAUGGCCAAGAAAACAGAGACCACUGGCUGCCUCGAGGCCUCUGCCAUCAACCGCCUCUUCCAAGUGCUGAACGACCUGCGGUGCGCUGCCCUCCGGGAGCGAUGCACUUAG